UUAUUUAUAUAUUCAUUUAGUUGAACGAAUUUAUUACAUGUUGGGAUUUCAUGUAGACAAUUGCUACUCUUAAAUGAGACUGGACUCUGGAGCAUGUCUAAGGUAUUCGGAACUUUUAAUUAAUUGGUGAUUAGGUUUCGUUCUCUUCUCGUUAUAUUAAUUAGCGGCUUUCUCAAAUCUCCGUUCAACUCAGCAAUCUGUCAUGACGACGGGACGACUCUGCUUCAUCCUGCCCAUCGACGCCGACGAUAUCGCCAACAAGACCAAAACCCCUCCUUCAAAAUACCCAGGUGGAACUAACCUUAGUCUCUCCGACCUUGCCCUCCGUUCCCUCGACUGUUUCUGCAGCCGCCGAUGUCCCAACCUCAGCUGCUUCCAACCCAAGCCUGACCACUACUCUGAAUUCCAUGACGCCGACGGCGUGACCUACGAUGUGCUAUCUUCCAAGAAAAACGGCGGCCCCAGGAUAUUCAGCUAUGCCGAGCUCUACAUCGGCACCAAGGGCUUCAGCGAUAAGGAAGUCCUCGGAAGCGGCGGCUUUGGCCGUGUUUACAGAGCCAUCCUCCCUAGCGACGGCUCCAUCGUCGCCGUGAAAUGCGUCGCCGGAGGCAGAAAUCACCAGUUCGAAAAGUCCUUUGCCGCGGAGCUUGUAGCGGUAGCGCAGCUCCGCCAUCGGAACCUCGUCCGCCUUCGCGGCUGGUGCUCUCACGACCACCAACUUCUCCUCGUCUACGACUACAUGCCGAAUCGCAGUCUCGACCGCCUCCUUUUCGUUCCUUCUCCGACGACGCUAGGAUGGGAUCGUCGGCGGCAGAUCGUGGCCGGGCUUGCUACGGCUCUCUUCUACUUGCACGAGCAACUCGACACGCAGAUAAUCCACCGGGAUGUAAAGGCUAGUAAUGUCAUGCUUGACUCCGGCUACAACGCGAGGCUGGGAGACUUCGGUCUCGCCCGCUGGAUAGAACACGGCGAGGCUGAUCAUCCGAUUAAACAGCAGACGGCGUCGAUUCGCUCGGGGUCCUCUAGCAAUUAUGAGUUCCGAAUCACUGAUACCAGCCGAAUUGGAGGAACAAUCGGGUACCUUCCACCGGAAAGCUUCCAGCGUCGUGGCGGUGCCACGGCGAAGUCCGAUGUCUUCAGCUUCGGCGUCGUGGUGCUCGAGGUAGCCACAGGUCGGCGUGCCGUCGAUCUUGCGUAUUCUGACGACAAGAUAUCCAUGCUUGAUUGGGUGCGGCGGCUCGCUGACGAUGGGGAAUUGCUUAGCGCUGGUGACAAGCAGCUUCCAGACGGAAGCUACCCGCUGCCAGAAAUUGGGCGGCUUCUCCACCUCGGCCUCCUUUGCUCUCUUCAUGAUCCCCAGUCCCGACCCACCAUGAAAUGGGUCAUGGAGAUCCUCGUCAGCGACACCGUCGGCGACCUCCCGGCGCUCCCAUCCUUCCACUCGCAACCCCUAUAUAUAUCUCUCUCGUCCUCCUCCGCGACAACAACCACUGGCACUGUCUUCUCAUCAAACUACCUCACUGCAAUGGGCUCCACUGUUUUCCUUACUGCCAACGACGAAAAUAACAACAGCCAGCGAAAGGCCGUGCUUUUCCCUAAUGUCAACACCCCUCGCACCAUCUCCUACAAGGAAAUCGUAGAAAUUACCAACAAUUUCUCUGAAUCAAGGAUGGUGGCGGAGCUCGACUUCGGAACGGGUUACCACGGCUUGCUCGACAACCGCUUCCACGUCCUCGUCAAACGCUUGGGGAUGAAGACCUGCCCUGCCCUCCGCUUACGGUUCUCUGACGAGCUCUCCAAUCUUGGCCACCUCCGCCACCGCCACCUCGUCCAACUACGCGGCUGGUGCACGGAACAUGGUGAGAUGCUCGUCGUCUACGACUAUCCCUCUGGUGGCGUCCUCAGUCGCCGCCUUUUCUAUAGGCACAACUCCCCUGCCGCCGCAGUCCUUUCCUGGCGGCAGCGUUACCGCAUCAUAAAGGCGCUGGCUUCGGCUGUGCUUUACCUCCACGAAGAGUGGGACGAGCAAGUCAUCCACCGGAGCAUUACCUCUUCUUCCGUGUUCCUUGACCCGGACCUCAGCCCUCGACUCGGCUGCUUCGCGCUUGCCGAGUUCCUCUCCCGCAAUGAAAACGGCGGCCCCCAUGUCACAUCCACCGUCCGGAGCUCCUCGGCGCGGGGGAUAUUCGGGUACAUGUCACCGGAAUACAUGGAAACCGGAAAGGCGACAGCGGCGGCGGACGUGUACAGCUUCGGGGUUGUUGUGCUGGAGAUUGUGAGCGGCAGGCCCGCCGUGGAUCUUCGGAGGCCUGACGCGCUGUUGGUUAGGAGGUCGUGGGGAAUGGAGGCGAAGAGACGACCGGCGGAGGAGAUGGCAGACGAGAGAAUGGGGGGUAAUUUCGACAGGAAGGAGGUGGAGAGAAUGGUGAGGCUGGCGAUGGCGUGCACGCUGUCGAAGGCGGAUAGGAGACCGAACAUGAGGCAAAUAGUUAGCAUUUUGGAUGGGAACGAUGAGCUGCUGAGAAUGAUGGGGCACAAGAGGGAGGUAAAAGAAGAGUGGGAGGCUAAUAACGCCAAUGCGCUUGCUCUUGUUAGGAGAAUGAAAACUCUUGGCAUUAAUUGAUCAGCUUUUAAUCUCAUUUUAUAUUUUUCAUGGCUUUUUGUUUUUAUUUGAAUAUAGUUCGUGAGCUGUUUGUUUAAGAGCUUCAAAUAUAAUUUGUAAAGAGCUUUUGUAAAUAGUUUAAGCUUAUGAUA